AUGCCGUUGGCUACUCGAACCAUAGGUUCCAAGAUAUUUGCUGGAGCUCAUGUUAGUGUUGCGGGAGGCGUCCAAAAUGCGGUCAUCAACUCCUUGCAUAUUGGGGGUAACGCAUUCGCCCUCUUUCUCAAGUCACAAAGAAAAUGGACCAACCCACCACUCAAGACUGAGGAUGCUGUGGUCUACAAGGCCCACUGUAAAGAGCAUGGUAUCGAGAGCGAUAAACAUGUUGUGCCGCAUGGGUCGUACCUUGUGAACUUGGCGCAUACUGAUGCGGACAGGACAGCCCAAGCAUAUGGAUCAUUCCUGGACGACCUUAAACGAUGCCAUCAAUUGGGUAUCAAACUUUAUAAUUUCCAUCCAGGUAAUUGCGCAAGCUCAACGAGAGAAGAGGCGAUCCGUCAUUUAGCACACCAAUUGAACAGGGCACACAAAGAUCCGGAUACUGGCGGAGUGAUUACCGUUCUUGAGACCAUGGCAUCCGCAGGCAACACUAUCGGUAGCACAUUUUCUGAGCUCGCAUCGAUCAUUAAACUAGUCAACGACAAGUCGCGUGUGGCAGUGUGUCUUGACACUUGCCAUGUGUUUGCUGCAGGCUAUGAUUUGCGAACCCCUGAAGCUUUCAAGGCUACAAUAGAGCAAUUCGAUAAAGACAUUGGACUCAAAUACCUUCGUGCUUUCCACGUCAACGACAGCAAAGCUCCACUCGGUUCGCACAAAGAUCUACAUGCCAACAUCGGAACUGGGUUCCUAGGUCUUCGUGCGUUCCACAAUCUAGUGAACGAGCCACGUUUAUGGGGUUUGCCCCUCGUUCUCGAAACGCCCAUUGGUGUAAAGAAUGAGAAGGGCAAGGAAGUCGAUGACCACGGGAUCUACGCUCGCGAGAUCAAACUUCUCGAAAGCCUUGUCGGUAUGGACCCUGAAAGCUCCGAAUUCACAGAAAUGGAGAGUAAACUACAUGCGAAAGGUGAAAGUGAGCGAGCGAGAAUUCAAGACCAAGUGGACCGCAAGGCCAUCAAAGACAAAAAGGGUGGAGGCAAGGCGGGUGCAAAGAAACCUGCGAAAGCCAAACCUACGAAAGGCAAGAAGAAGAAGAUAGAGACUUCUGAUGAGGAAGGCGAUUCUGGUGAAGACACUGCUUGA